UUCAUUUCUGUCGUGAGAUGGAAAAUUGUAAUGUUGUAAUUGUAAAGUGAGAUAGAAAUAAAAUACUUUGAUCCAUAAAAGCAUUAAUAUUGUAGAAAAGCUCGUUUAUAACAUAAUUUAGAUUGCAUAUAGAUAUGCACAUACAGUGUGUGAACAAAAAAGUGUAAUGAAGUAGCCAUAUAUUAUAGUUGAGUGAUCAAGAUGUUCACCACCAACGCCGUGCAAGCCGGCACGGUACCGACCCUUCAAUACCAGGAACACCCAACACAGAAAGCACAAGGGAAGAAUAUUGAGACUGUUCAGCAAAAAAAUGCACAACAAACUCAACAAAAUCAGCAACAACAACAGGAAUUUCCUACAUUUUGCUAUACCACAAAUGUAAACAUGAUUGGCAAGAUUGGUACGGGUACAACCAGUGGUACUGGAGGGGUUGCGGGCAGUGUCAAUAUAGCUCAACUAACUACAAGUGAUGACAAAACAUGUUACAUUGCACAACCAUUCUCUUACAACUACGCCCUGGUGAACCAAAUGCAAAUAGCUCCAAAUGGAAUCCAAAACACAAUCUCAAACAUAAGUUUUAAAUGUGAUGUCUGUGGUCUCAUGUUUGGCCACCUUAGUUUACUCAAUUCCCACAAAAGGAUACAUAUUCAAGAUACAGAUAGCAAUAUAACAGUAGUAACAACUGGUGUGAGUGCUAACAAUGAAGUGACCAUGCCUCCACAUAUACAAAUACUCUCGUCCGACCCUAAUGAACAACAGCAGCAGCACCAUGUGCAGAUUCAAGACACAAAACCAGUUAUAAUAGAUAAAGUACAGAAAUGCAUUACUUGUGGAGGUCCCAUUGCUAACAACCCUAAAAGGAAAGGCCCGAAACUUAUAAGAUGCGAGAAUUGUAUUGCUCAGGAUACUGUAGAACAGAGAAAUAACCAGAUGAAUUCUACACAAGUUUUCGUUGCAUCAGAAGACAACGUGAAGUUCGAAGUGAGCGGCGUCAGCAGUAUCCAACCGGCAAGUGAUCAGCAAAUAACCAGACCACUCAACAAUCAGCAGCAACAAAAACCUUUACCUGGUCACCAUCCUGUAAAGAAACGGAACUUAGCCGCUGUAACAAAAUGUCAAAACUGCAAUGGCUCUGGAAUUAUUUUUGUUGGUGGAAAUAAAAGUAAACUAAAUCAAUCAAAUAUGGACAAACCAUUCCAUUGUAACAUAUGCGGCGGUUCAUUCUCUAGGUAUUCUUCAUUAUGGUCACACAAGAAAUUGCACUCUGGGGAGAAGAAUUUUAAAUGUGGUAUAUGUGGUAUCGCGUUUGCUAAAGCUGUUUAUUUGAAAAAUCAUUCCCGAAUUCACACAGGAGAAGAGCCAUAUGGUGAUUAUAGAAUAAAUUAUUAUCAGAGACUAUUUAUUUAUCCUUGCAGAUGUAAUACUUGCGGUAUGCAAUUUUCUCAAUCGCCACAUCUAAAGAACCACGAAAGAACGCAUUCUGGAGAAAAACCAUACGUUUGUGAGGUCUGCGACAAAGGUUUUGCGAGACACGCAACAUUGUGGAAUCAUCGGCGUAUACAUACGGGGGAGAAACCUUACAAGUAAGUGAUAAGUAUGCUCAUAU